GGCAUUUCAGCUGUGAGCUGCACAUCUCUGGCCCCUCAGAGCCCCGUCCAUCCCAGCUCUGCCCGAUCCUCUCCUGCUCUGCUCCUUUCGGGGUUAAACCACGGGGGGAUUCCCCAUGGGACCCCCUUGGUGCUCUGAGCAUCCCCCACACCCAGAUCUUCGGCCUCAUCCUUUACCAUGAAAGUGGCACACGGAGCACAGAGCCGACACCAUGAGCCUCAUGGACAUCAACAAGCUGUUCUCCCUGCUGCAGCCCGGGGAUGAGGAGGAGGACAGCGAGGACAGCGAGGAGCUGAGCAGGGCCGUGUGCCAGGACGAUCCCGAAGCGCUGGCCGGGCUCCUGUCCCAGGACAGGUACAAGAGGCUCAUCAACCGCAGGAGCGGCUGGGGGGUCCCCAGCACCCCCCUGCGCCUGGCGGCCGGCCGGGGCUGCGUGCGGAGCCUGCGGCUGCUGCUGGCCCACGGUGCCGAGGUGGACAGCCUGGACGUCAAGGCUCAGACCCCGCUCUUCGUGGCGGUCAGCAACGGGCACCGCGAGUGCGUGCGGCUGCUGCUGCAGGCCGGCGCCAGCCCCGCGGGCAGCGCCUACAACAACUGCUCGCCGCUGCUGCUGGCAGCCAGGGACGGCCACGAGGACAUCCUGCGGCAGCUGCUGGAGCACGGAGCCGAGCCCAACGUCCAGGCCCGGCUGCCAGAGUGGGCGGCCAACUCGGUGGCCUGCUCGGGGCCGCUCUACCUGGCGGCGGCCUACGGGCACCUGGAGUGUUUCCGCCUGUUGCUGCUGCACGGCGCCGACCCCGACUACAACUGCACCGAGCAGGGAGUGCUGGCCCAGAUCCGCGAGCCCAAGACCCUGCUGGAGACGUGCUUGAGGCACGGCUGCCGCGCCGACUUCGUCCGGCUGCUCAUCGACUUCGGGGCCAACGUGUACCUGCCCAGGGUGCCCGCGGACGGGGCGCCGCGCAGCGAGGGGCUGGAGCUGCUGCUGCAGGCCAGAGCUCAUCCCAAAUCCCUGCUGUCCCAAUCCCGGCUGGCCCUGAGGCGUCUCCUGAAGCAGCCCGGCCGUUCGGCCGCCCUCGCAGAGCUGCAGAUCCCCGCAGUCCUGGCCAAAUACCUCCAGCACCAGCCCUGAUCCCAGCCUGCCCCAGGGACACUCCAGCUCCACCUGCUCCACCCCCUGGCAGUGAAUUGCUGAAAUUCAUGAAAACACUGGGAAUUUGUGGUGAUAAGCUCA